GAUGGAUGGCUGUAGAAGGAAUAACAUUACAUUAGGUAAACAAUAAUUGAUGGCGAGGCGGAAUUGCGGCCAGCUCACCGCCUUAACGGUGAGAAAUAUUCUGCCGGACUUAUGCAACAGGUUUUGCGGCGCGCAAGAAGAGCGUUGGCAUUGAAGGUUGUUCACCACGUCUCUCUAGCCUUGAGGAGGAGAUCUUACUUCGGAUUCGGGCAUUAUAAUGCUCCACCAUGUCUCUAACUCUGCUAAGGGGUCGAGUGUCGCAAAGCGUGGCUGAAGUCCACAUACUCAAGCGCAAUCGUUCCACCAACUCGAUCUGCGGAAAUGUUUCUCGCUUUCGUUCCUUACACCAACGCCAGCGCAAUCGGUCAGUCAGAUAUUUCAGCGAACUGAAGAGUCCUCCUACCCAAGACCUCCUGAGAUCUCCCACGUCUAUCGAGGACAUCCGCCUGAAGUCGGAGUUUGAGGAAAAUAAGGACAUCCGGGAAUAUUUGCGAAAAUGGCAGGAAAGCCAUCCGAACGUCUUGGAUCCGGUCCGGGGUCCGGGGACAACGAAUACAUUGGAUGCGUCCGCACCUUGGAUUGGAAAUAUGCUGAACGACCACCGGGAAGCGUUUGAUGCGGGAAGUGAUGCUCUGCGAGAGACCGACGAGGAUGUUUCGGACUUUGAAAACCUUGCCAACGAAGGAGAGGGAAUGCACGAGUUUCUCGAGCCGGGCGAUCUAGUGGCUCUCUCCUCUGUUGAAGGUAUCCUGAGCCUCGCCAUCUACGUCCGAUCUGUUUCUAAGCAACAGCAGUUCUACACUGAACGAGGAAAAUGGCGUAUCGCCUUUGCGAAAGAUCUUGAUUUUGUGGUGAAGGGGUUUGCCCCUCGUGAUCUGGUGGCCCCUUUGCUUCCUCAUUUCCCAGAUGCUGUCGCACAGCUCAGUAUGGAAAUGCAAUCGGCUAUAGAAGGAGGGGUUCCGCGACCGACUGGAGCACCUCUCUUACAGAUGAUUAAUGAAUUUCAUGAACAGGUUCAUGAAUUCUACCAAGCAAAUGCCUACCGACUGGAUCAUCUUCAUGAGAUAGUGGCGGAUGAGGAGAAGAAGCUGGAAUUUAAUUUGGAAGACUUGACGUGCAAGGCACUUGGUAUAACGCAGGAUCAGCUUGAUGAUAGGAUUUUGUUUGCGGUACACCGCGCCGUUCGUCGAAAUUCGUUUCUUAUUGAGAAUGAUCGGAGCUCUAUCUUCACCAAUCACUACUUCGUUCAACCUAGGCGAAUCGCUACUGUACUUGACACAGUCAUUACAUGGGUGCAUGAGCACCAAGAGUAUCUCAUCCGCGCUGUCACAGGAAAUGAUGUUCCCAAUUUGAAAGAUCAUCCCAUGCAGCAAUUCAUCCAGAAAGCCCAACGUCUCAUAAGGCUCAGCAGAAAAGUCCGGUCCCCAACAAUACUGUCUUGCGUCGGCCCAACAGCGCAGCGGUAUCAGCCUGGGCAAGACGGAAAGCCCUUGGUUUACCGUGAGGUUCUGACGGAACAAUUCAGCUACAAUGACCGUAUGAUCAUUGAAUAUCUCCAACUCUGGUGCAUCCCCCCUAGACGGAUGACAUCUGGGAUUCUUCGCUCGGCUGGAUCACAUAUUAUGCGCGCCACAGGAAUGUAUACAUCUCUGGACACAAAUGCAGGAUCGGCUGCUUUAUUUCUACAAGAGCUAGGAGUUAUAGCCCCGUGGGAGAACUUGCGUCUACUGGAUCAAAAUUUAGCCCUUCCAGGCCAUGGUAUCUCCGGCCACUCCGACAGGAUGUGGGCGGAUGUACAGCAGGCUUGCGAGAAAUUGAACUCCGAGGGGAUUACAGAUAAAAUGGAGGGUAUACGGACGGACUUUGGCGAUUUGCCAGUUUACUGUGUGGACGACCCCGGUGCGCAGGAGAUUGAUGAUGGUGUCUCCUUGGAGCGCAUACCCGGAUCAGACGACACUUUCUGGAUCCGUAUCCAUGUCGCUAAUCCUUCUGCAUUCGUAAACCCUGACGAACUAAUCAUGGAAUAUGCGGCCUCCCGUGUUCAGACUCUCUAUGCCCCGGAACGUACAUAUCCUAUGCUCCCGAGUACAUUAACUCAAGAACACUUCAGCUUGGCCCCUGGCCGUCCAACUUUGACAUUUAGUGCAAAAAUGAAUUUACAGGGUGAGAUUUUGGAUACGAAUGUUGUCAAUGGCAUAGUCAGAAAUGUCAUUUACAUCACGCAUGAUAAGCUACGCGGUUUGUUUGAGCCAGAAUCACAGGAACCUCUGGAGCCGUUGACGGUAGGAGGGAAGUUCUUCAGCGAGCCCACGCGCAAUAAUUUACGAGAAACUUUGUCUUCAGAGGAUGAGGAGAGUUUUCACACCUUGAGAAAGUUAAUGCUUGCCUUCCGUGAGCACAGACGCAGAAACGGCGCAAUGGAGUGGCCGUCGCCGAUGGAUACACCUGUUUCGAUGACUGCAGGCAACGCAUCAUUGAAACCAUAUAAUAUGCAAGUAACGGAAGGACGUUAUAUAUUGGGAGAUCCCAUUAUUCAACUCCGUCCGCGGAACGUUGAUCCGCACGAAGUACCCGACCUAACGAAACGCAAUCUCAUCUCUACCCUGAUGAAUUUAGCAUGCCACAUUUCCGGAAAGUGGUGCGCCGACCGCAACAUCCCGGUCGUGUUCGAUGGAACCUUCUACCAUCCUGAAUACCCGAAGCUCACUAGCAGCAAUAUGUCGGAGUACGGAGGGAAGACAUGGCUACAGCUGGCGGCUCCAAAGGGUGUUUCUUCUUCAAGCCCCUCUCAUCAUGCCCCUCUGGGCCUUGAUACCUAUGUGAAGUCCACGAGUCCUCUGCGACGAUAUACCGAUGUCAUGGCUCAUUAUCAGAUCGAGGCUGCAUUGUGCUUUGAGCACGAGCAUGGUCGUCGCUUUGACGCUACCACCGACGGUUCUGUCCUCCCAUUCUCUCGCGAGGAUGUUGACAAUUACAUCUCACAAUCGCGCUGGAAGCGUAGCCGUCUGAGGGAUGUUGACGUGGCAUCGAAGCAAUUCUGGGCGUGCAUGCUCCUAUUCCGAGCGUUCUAUUUCGGUGAAUGUCGAUUACCUGAGACUUUUGCCUGCUUGGUCCACAAGCCGUACAAUGCCACUGCCAUGGUGGGAUCACAAUUCGCGCAAGGCCACGCAGGGGUCAUUACGUCCUUAGGAGUUCGGUGUCAGAUUGUCACGCCCCCUGAUAUAUCUAAUGUGGACAUUCUUAGCGUUGUUGAAGCUAAGAUCACCGCCGUCGACCUAUCCCGCAUGCUUGUUAUUAUGGAAACCACACGCCUGAUCAAGCCAUUUGAGCGAGUAGGGGAGUGGCGGUGAUGUCUGUAAAGUAGGUGGCAUGUAUCGGAAGGCAUCCUGGGGUUAUGAAAGCGCCCAUAUAGAUAUAUUGUAUUAUACAUCUUUGUAU